GGCACUAAACGUCAUGUGAAGCUUAUGUGAAGAUUAACUAGAGAACUAUAACCGAGGAUGUGGAAGUUAAUUCCUUUUGAUGCUACAGGGGAGACUAUUCGACUGCUGGCUGGUGUGGAGUAUGACAUUGGCCGUAAAAACUGCUCAGUAAUUCUUCAGGAUGAUCCAUCAAUUAGUCGAACUCAUGCAGUUUUAUCUGUCAGUCACUCAACAGCAAAUCUAGGUCAUGUUUCUUCACUCCCUGUGUUGACAGUAAAAGACAAGUCAAAGUACGGCACGUUUGUUGACAAAGUCAGAUUGCAGACUGAAGUUCCGAAGACUUUGAAUGCAGGAGACAUUGUUACUUUUGGAGUCUAUAACAGUAAGUUUAGGGUGGAGUAUGAGCCACUAGUUCUUUGCUCAUCUUGUUUGGAUGGACCUGGGAAGACUGCCUUGAGUCAGACAGUUCAACAGCUUGGUGGCCAUAUAGUUAACAACUGGACUGAUAGUUGCACGCACCUGGUUAUGACAACACUGAAAGUCGCAAUAAAGACCAUCUGUGCCUUCAUUUCUGCCCGACCAAUAUUAAAACCAGAUUAUUUUACUGAGCUUCUGAGAGCUAUUCAGGCCAAAAAACAGUUGCCCAGUUGUGAAAGCUUUCUUCCUCCACUGGAUGAACCCAGUCUUAAUCCCGAGGAUGUGGAUACUUCUGUCCGUCCAGAAAGAAAAACUAUUUUUAGGGGAAAGACAUUUUUGUUUAUGAAUGCCAAGCAGUUCAAAAAGUUGAGUCCUGCCAUCAUUCUUGGUGGUGGAGAAGCAAAACUGCUGGACGAAGGUAGUAAAGAUACAUCUUUACUUGAAACAGCUUGUGUUGUAGAAGUUGGCUGUACAAAUUCACAAUUGUCUGUAUCUGAAACAACAAAAAAAUGGACGGAGUCAAUCAUGGCUGCACUGCAGAGAAAAGCACUUCGAGCCAUCUCAGAAGCUGAAAUUGGACUGGCAGUAAUAUGCAUGUCCACAGAUGUUUAUUGUAAUCCUAGAAGCCCAACAGCAGAUAUUGGGGCAGCUUCUAAAACAAUUCCUGGGCCCACGCUGUCACAGAGCACAGCUGUGGAAGAGACCGUCAUGCCUGGUCCAACACUGAAUGUCACAGCAUAUGUACCAAAUACUGAAUCAAGUCAGAUUGUUGAUCCAAGGCUUGAAAUCAGUGGUGUAGGAGCAGUGAAAGACACCCCAGAAAAAGAACAGACGAGCAAAGCUGCUUUGCAAGAUGUGCCUGCUGUAAAGGAAGUGACCAGCACUAGAGGUCCCAUGAAUACAGCUGUGCCAUUGUUCAGCUUGGAAGAUGAUGUAAAGAAUGAUAGCCAAAGAAACUGCACUGGCUUGCAAAGGAAGUCUGCAGGUCACUUCUCAGGUCGAGAGUCCACUAUGUCUGGAAGAAGUAAAGAACGGGCUUCACAGCAACAAUCGAACUUGUUGAGCAACUAUUUCCAGCCCAUUAACAAAAAGAGAGGAAGAGACCUGGAAACAGAUGUUUCUCAAACUAAGUUUGCACGAUUAGAACAACAAAGACCAUCCUCCCCGAAUCAGAUAAACUCAUCAAGUCUGUUUGCCCAGAAAACAGAAGAAAGCCAGAUUUUUAGCUCAAGUGAUCCAUUUACAAGGAGUAUUAAAAACAAAGGUUCAGCUGUGCAGUCCUGUGAAGUGUCUGACUUAUCAAAUGCUAAAAAUCUGGUUUCUGAUAACACUAUAAAGAAGAACAAUUUUACAGAUAUAAAAAUUGCUCAGACAAAGAGAAAAGAAGUUGAUGACUUGUUCUAUGAUGAUGAUUUACUGCAGCAGGAAUUUUCAAGUGAAUUGCAUGAAACGAAUGUCAAUCCUUCAAACCAGAGUCAGGGAGAUGGACUUAAUGCAAAUAAGAAAAGAAAGUUAGAACCAAAAAGUGUGAAGGAAGAAAAGUCCUAUGAUUUCACUGAAAUGAAGAGCACAAAGAGUUCAGACAAUGAAGUUAAAGAAAAAGUCCCAGUACGAACGAAAGCAGAGCAGGAGCUGUCAAAAUUUGUUAAGAAGGAGGAAGCAGAUACUAAUGGAGUUCUUCUGGAUGACGAAUAUAAUAAUCUACCUAACAAGCUAGUACAAGUUAAAUUUGCAUCUCUGAUCGUUGGCUGCCCUAAACCAGCUAAAACCAGCUCAAAUCCUGACAGUGGGGAAAAGAAGAACUUUAAGAAGUUUAAAAAGGUGGCCUUUCCUGGAGCUAGUGAUCUUCCACAAAUUAUUGGAGGAUCUGAUCUAGAACCUCAUCAGACAAAAAAGAAUUCGGAGUUGGAGGCUUGGCUAAGGCAGGAAUUGCGGGAACAAGACCAGCAUGCCAGAGAAGAAUCUCUUGCUGAUGAUCUGUUUAGAUAUGAUCCUAAAAUGGCAAAAAGACGCAGAUAGAGAAAUGGUCAUUAAAGAUUGCAGAUGAGGAUAUGGAUUGUAAAAAAGAUCAUAAUGCCUUACAUCUUUUUAAUUCCGUUUAACCAUACAGAUGGCUAAACUGCAGACAUUUUGUACAGAAUCUCAUAAACACUUGGACUAAAAAUAUAUGCAAAUAAAUAUUUGUAUUAAUAUA